GUUGACGCAUCGACAUGGCCGCGCCAGGGCUGGACCCCAGGCACGCCAGGGGACCAGCUCUUUGACCGCGCCGAAGCGCCUCUCCAGCACUGCAUUCAUGCGCCUCCCAUGUCGGAGCCCGCCCGCCUGCUGCCGCUGCACGACGCUCCUCGUCCGGUGGAGGUCGAAGUACACCGCCUGAAAUGCAGCCACCGCACGCCAUUCUGCAUGGCGUCCCACCCGAACGAUGGCGCCGGCGGCCCCUCCGAGAAGACCGGCGACCAGGAUGACAGCGGGGGUGGCGGUGCAGGAGUGGCCAGGGUAGCGUCCCUAGUCGCCAGCCUCAGCGUGCUCUCGACCGAGGUGGACUCUGACCUGGUCGCCAACGUGUCCGCCGAACUGUGCACGAUCGGACGGCGCCAGCUGAAACCCCAAGACAUGGAGAGGAUCGUAAAGGUCUGCAGAUUGCCCCUGUACCUCAAGUUUCCCAUGUACCAGGCCAUCUCCAAGACACCCACUAGACAGACUAUACUCGAGUUCUGCCGCAAGAUGCACCAAGUCGCCGGCAAAGACAGACUGUCCAAAGUGGUGUUCGUGCUGACCAAGGGCCGUCGUACUUUCCUGCAGCCCGGUGACUUCAGGGACCUCAUUCAGGACCUCAUCGACACCCACGGCGGACUCUCGUUUCUGAAGGAAGUGACCAGGUCACACAGCGUGUACAUCGAUACCGUCGUUGCUCGACUGUUCUUCGAGGUCGGGAAGACGUGGACAUGGCGCCUCGGCAUGGCAGAGCUCCGGCGCAGUGACUUCCUCUCGCAGCUUGACGCUCUGGAACUCCACAACGACUUUAUGAACGUGGAAGGAGCAUUUUCGUACAAAGACGCCUACGUCAUUCACAUGAUGUUCAACUCACUAGACAAGGACAACGAUCGCUUGUUAAACAGAGUAGACCUGACGCGAUACGAAAAAGGCGCCCUAGUGCCCAAGGCAAUCGACCGAGUGUUUGACUUACUGAGCACGUCAGCCAUGACAUACGUUGAUUUCGUCGUCUUCCUGCUUGCUGAGAAGGACAAGUCGCAUCCAAGGAGCAUAGAGUACUGGUUCAACCGGCUAGAUCUUGACGGCGACGGUAAAAUCACGAUGUACGAACUCGAGACGUUCUUCCAUGAGCAGUACGACCGCGUGUCGCUGCUAUUGAACGAUCCAGUGUCGUUCGAAGACGUCUAUCGACAAAUGAUUGAUUUGGUAAAACCCAAGUCAUCUAGCAUUUUCGCUCUGUCCGACCUCAAACGGUGUGCGCUUGCCUCUGUGUUUUUCAACACUUUCAUUAACACCUACGAGUUCAUUCAUCACGAGGUCUUCGACCCUUUCGACACAGAGCGUUCGCGCAAUGGUUUUACACAGUGGGAUCGGUUUGCCAAGUCGACGUUCAGUCUUCUCAUGGAAGAAAGCGAAAAGGAUGACUCCUCCGAUGACGACCUGCCUUAAUUGGAGUCUUUGCCUCAUUCGCGCAUAAAUUCUAGUUUAUGUGUCUGGCUUGCAGCGGAGUCGUACGCACGUGGCGCAAAGAGCAUGAAAGGUUAAAAGGCAGGUCGCGAGCUCGUGUGACUUUGACUCAAGUGUAUAUGCGUUACUCUUUUGUGACACCGCAACUAAUAGAACAGUGACGACGGGGACAAUAGUGCAUGUUUAAAUUGUGCAUUGUUACCCACAAGCUUAUUUGAUAAGAUACAUUCUGCGAAGACGUGAGCUUACUAUGUGAAGAUGACUCCUGCAAACGUACACCUGCAUUCUAUGCGGGACUUUUUUUAGACAGAGUGAAUAAGAAAAC